GAGGCGAGGCUGCGUCGCGGGCCCCACUGUGUGGCAGUCCCGGCUCCCGGAGCGGCCCGGGCGCGCCCUCGGCUCUCGGCAGGGAGGCUGCGGGCAUUCGAGCGGCGGGACGGGCGGCCAGGGGGCCCCUCCCCCCAGCUCCCGCUCCUACCCGGCCGGUUCCCGCAGCUCUGGGGCCGGCGGAAGGGACGUGCGUACCUGUCGGCCCUUCCAGUGGGGCGGGCUAGGGGCAGGUUGGGGGGGACUCCGGAGAGGCCUCUGAGCUGCCGGUGUCCGAGUCCACCCUGAACCUGGGAGCGACUGGGAAUCCGCGAGUGUCUCACUUCCGGUCUCCAGGAGAUGGAACGGAGUCGACCUUGUAUAUCCAACGAGUGUCAAAAAGCAGGAAAAUCAUACCGUUAAACCCCCAGUUUAAGUUCAGCUUUGCAGGAGCAGAGAGCUGGGCGCAGGCGCGAUGGCCCUGGUGCCCUAUGAGGAGACCGCGGGAGUGGGGCUGCAGAGAUUCCACAAGCCUCUUGCCACCUUCUCCUUUGCAAACCGCACGAUCCAGAUACGGCAGGACUGGAAGCAACUGGGAGUCGCAGCGGUGGUUUGGGACGCGGCUGUCGUUCUUUCCACGUAUCUGGAGAUGGGAGCUGUGGAGCUCAGGGGCUGCUCUGCCGUGGAGCUGGGUGCUGGCACAGGGCUGGUGGGCAUAGUGGCUGCCCUGCUGGGCAUAAUCACACCAGUAUUGAAGAAUGGGAAAGGAGAUAACAGCAAGAGUUUUGGAGGCUGGAAACAGAUGGAUGAAUGGUAAUGAGUUUGGAAGACCUCAGAAUUAUAAGAUGGAGGCAGGGAAAGCCUCAUUUAUGCCACAAAAUCCUUAAGAGACUCAUGAUCUAAGGCACUGGAAGGUAGAGUGAAAGAAAAGGCUGAAAAUAAGGAAGGCUGGUUGAAGGCUCUUUGAGAAACAAUUGGAACCCCUCCUCAACUCCCUGUGGAAGAACAACUAAUCUACCCAAUGCUGACAGAAAAACGGAGGUUUACUAUCUGGAUAGAGGGUUUCUUGACUGCCUACCAUCAGCCAUUGCUGAGGUGGGGUAAUAAACCCCAGUCAUCUAUCUCCUCUCACUUGGCUCAGGGGAUUAGUAAAGCUUUUCUCUAGGGAACCUAAUCAACACCAAGGGGAAGAGGAAAGACUUAAGAGAUAAUAACAUUGGGAAUGCCACAAUCACCCUAAAGUGAAGCUCACAACUCAUAGAUGUUAGGCCUCAAACAUGUCCACAGAGCUUUCAAUGCAGGUUUUUGGUCCUCUACUUUUAAGCCUGAGCAGACAACCACAAGCUGUCAAACAUUUGAGGAAAGCUUCUAAGAAAGCUGGAGCAAAAGAGAUGGAAGAGGGUAAAGGCAUAUAGAGGAAAAUCUAUGUGGGGCAGUGAAAACUUAAAACAAAAUCAAUAUUCUCAGAGAUGAGAGAAAAUAUUGCAUUUGUGAAACAUAAACAGAACACUAUUAAAACACAAGAGGACCAAUCAGAGAACAAAAGGAACUCUUGGAAAUGUGAUAGCAGAAAUAAAAAAUCUGACAGAUGGGCUGAAAUAUGAAGUUGAGGAAAUCUCCCAGAAAGCAGAGCAAAAAGACAAAGAGACAGAAACCAGAAGAGUAGAAAUGAGAAAAUUAGACAAACAUCUGGAUCACAAGGAUCCUAGAAAGAAAAGAGAAAGGAGAGGAGAAAAAAAAAUCAUCAACCAAAUAACUUAAAGAAAUUGCCCAGAAUUGAAGACAUGAGUUUCCAUUAUAAAAGGGCCCACUGAAAACAACUGCACAAUGGAUGAAAACUGAUCCAAACCAAGGCCUUGAUAAUGAAAUAGUGAAGCACUAUAAACAGAGAGAUUUUUAUAAGCUAACAGAGGUACAAAGAAAUGGAUUUAGUCUUUCAAAUAGCAACACUACAAGUUGACACUGGAUCAACACCUUCAAAAUUUGAAAGAAAAAUUAUUUCUUUACCAAGAAUUCUUUACCCCGUCAAACUCGCUCAAGAAACCACUGGAAAACAUGCUUUAAUAUAUCAAGAACAAAAACUCUUAAGAGAGAAAGACAGCAGGAAGAAAGGAAUUUCCAGGAUGACAUUAUAUAGCAGACUUGGAGGACAUCCAGAAGAAUAGAGACCUAUGAGGUAGAUAUGUCAGGGAUGCCAUCACCAAGAUCCCUGCUGGCAUUGUAUCUUCUUUUUACCAGAGGGGCGAAUGCUUGGAUGAGCCCAGAUUCUUAUGUGCACAUUUGCCUUGACCAUGUGCUAAUGAAGUCUCCCCUUUGUUCCUGCACCUGCUUCAUCUGAGUACAUUUACUUCAUCCCUAAAUGUAUUCUGCUUUGCCUUACGCCUCAAGGCUGGAGGGGACCCUGGUGAUCUUAGGAGAAAACACAGAACAGCUCACUGCUUCUGACUAUGUUCCUGCUGGGGGUCUAGUAUUUGGCCCAUAUGUUAGCUCAGUGUGGUAACCAUCUGUGGUUAGCCCACUAUUUCCCAAGAUGCAUUCUUGCUCAGUGACUCCUCAAGGGGAGCUUUAAAACUCUUCGGGGAGCUGAAGUUUGACAUCCCAGAGCCUCAGCCAGGAUUAUUUUCUCUUGGGAGUUUCAUCUGAAAGAGGCGAUAUCCCACUUUCUUACCUAGCAGGUUACUGUUUGCUAUUUGGUUUUUAUAUUAACCACCUUUCUCAUCAUAUAUAUGCAAACAAUUGUUAUUAAAGUAGAACAUUUGAGGAAAAAUACAUAAGAACAAAAAAGGAUAAGAGAAUAUAAUCUUAGAAUAUUUAAGACAAAGACAAAAUCAUAAAUUAUACUUAAAAUAUAUAGGGAACAAAACUAUCAUACUUGAAAUUUACCUGUGUGUCAAUUUAUUUGCUUAUCCUAUUUUUUUAGUUUAAGCAUAUAUAAACUUAGCCUUUCAGAUUAUCUGCAUUCCCAUGCUCCCAAUUAAUCUACAUGUGAAAAAAAAGCAGUUAUCACAUUAGAUUGUCUUCCCUUGUUUAAGAGACAAUCUACCCAUCAGUUUAAAUGUAUUUAUGAAUCAUGUCACUAUAGUGUGUUGGUGUUUAACAAUACAUUUUUCUUUUAUGUUAUUGAAUUAAUACUGUCAUUUCUGAGAUUAGGCUAAUAUUAAAUAAUUAGGAAUUCUGAUUUUCUAAAAAUGUCUCUGCUCAUUCUAUGUAUAUCUCUGUAAGAAAAACUAAGUUCUCUUGUCUAAAACAUAUUCCUCUUAGAAGAGACACAACUUGGACUCUCUCCAUGUAUUUUAUACCUGGGCUAAUGUGGCAAUCUGUGGCUGGGCUUGCACUGUCAUUUGCUGGUUUUCAGCUUCUGUUACAGCUGCAUCUCCACUCUGCUGGUUCUCUGCUCCAGAUUCCAUGGUCAUUUAGUUACCUACAAUAAUAUGGAAGAGUGUUACAAGCACUACAGUGCUUUGUGCUUUUGUGGUUUUAAAGGCAAUUUUCAAGUUAUAAAUAGGUAUAUGUGGUGGUUAGGUUAGCAGAUGCACUCAAGAAAUCUGGUUAAACUAUAAUGUAGUUGAAUUAUUGUCAGACUUGUCCAGAUCUGCAGAGCUAUAAAAGUUCUCGUCUUUUCAAAAAAGCAAAAAACCUUUCUUUUUCCUUCACCAUUUUUUUCCCAAUGGGAUAUUACUCCAUCUAGAAUACGGGAUUCCUCUCUGUCAUGAAUCACCCCUACUAAGAAGGGGGAGGAGGGGCAGCAGCAAAGUUACAAUUUUUUCAAAAUCUAUCAAUCAGGUAAGGAGGGAGGGUAGAGAGUAGAAGUGAGCUGUUGACAGGGUCUAGGAGAUAUUGGCUUCAAGGAACUUCCUAUAAGGGUAUUCCCUCUUUUUAUAGGGAAGAAACAGAAAAAUUAUAAGCUACUUCCACAGGAAGUUACUGGAGGCAGGACAAAAUUAGCUCAAGUUUCAAGAGCCCAAGUUAUGGGGUAUCAAGGUAGAAAAAGCUACACAGUCAAAUUGGAGACCUCAAACAGUGAAAAAGUUAUUUCGGGUUCUGACUCUGUACUCUAUGUAUAGUGUGCAACCCUACACAUAUGUGCACACGUGCCACCCCCCUCCAUACACUAAAACAUCUUUUAAAAUUUUAACUGCAAAAUUCUGGAUAAGAUAAUCAAGACUGAUCUUUCUUACUUUUCAGACCCUGCUUUGCUAAGAGUUUAGUAUAUUUGUUAGAGCUGGCACUGGAUGACAGCAAAAGUGAAGAGAAAUACCUAGCAGCAGCAGCUACACUAAAGUUACAGAAAUUGAUUAUAUGUAGCAGAUAUAACUGAGGAAGCAACUGUGUCUAAAGGAGUCACAAUAAAAGGGGUUAUUUCUUACUUGUGUACUACUGUUACCGUACAGUGCCUAGCACGUUAAGUCAAAAAUAAAUUUAGUAGUGAGGACUACCUAUGGUGAUGCCAUAAAUAACACAAAAACUCCAAUGCUUUUCCAGAAUUUAUUACAUUUAUUUUACAACUCCAAAAUUGAUCAUCAAAAUUGUCACUGAUCAUUAUGUGAUUAUUGCAUGUUAUCAGCCUGUAUCACAUACUAAUAUUCUGCCAUCAUUCACAGGAUUCUAUAAAAAGGAAGUGUUUUACAAGUGACAGUUAAAAAUGAAAAUAACUCUGUGGAAAUUAAUAUAAAUAAUUUAGAAAUACAGAAUCCACAAAACAGAUGACAAAGGAAAAGAUCAACAGACUUGACUACAUAAUUACUUAAAACAUUAAUAUGACAGAUCCACCAAGAUAAGUACAUAGGGAGAAAAUAUCUGCUACAUAUAAUCAACACAGUAACAUCUAGAAUACAGGGAAACUACUAGUCAGUAAGGAACUUACUGAGUAGUUCACAAAGAUACAUGUUCAAGGACAGAAAUUUUUUAUAGUAGCAAAAAACCAGAAACAAGUAUCUAUCAUUAGGAGGACCAUUAAAGAAGUUACAGCAAUGAAAAAUAAUUAAGUUUAUCUAUAAUGUAAUGCCAUACAACGUUUUCCAAGACAGACUGAGUGAAUUGGCAAGUUAUAGAACAUAUUAUAAGGUAGAACUCUAAUUAUGUAAAAAAAAACAAGUAAAAUAAAUUGCUGUAAAGGUAUAUGCAUGAGAAAAGGUGCAGGAAGUUAUACACUGAACUGUAAUAAGUGGUGGCUCUGAAGAGAAAGAUUUGUUAGAAUUA